UAUGUAGGGAUUGUCUAUUGAACUGAUCGCGACUGACAUUUGAGAGAGAUUCUACCGUGGGAAUCUUCCAGAUUACUUACCUAAUCAAUCGGCAUUCCGGAGCGGCUCGCCCGUUUGGAAUUCCCUCUCUCCGAAGCUCGUCAUCUUCAUCAUCGUCGUCGUCGUUCAGUGUACACUUCUCUGACUCGUAUUAAUAGGCAUCCAGAGCGCAAAUCUAUCACCUGAGUCAGGCUCGCAUAGGAAUAACCCUCAUCCCUUCUAUCACACUUUGACGAAAAUGGACGGAAAAUCCGCUUCUCAAUACCAAGCUUGGCAGAAGCUCGAGCAGCUCAAAGAGUCUAAAGAGUCCAAGCUCGUCCUCAAAGAGCUUUUUGCUGCGGACCCCGAGCGAUUCUCAAAACAUUCUUUGAUUUUCAACUCAUCCUCCCCGAACGUGGAGAUCCUACUAGAUUACUCCAAAAACUUGAUCGAUGAUGAGGUCCUGUCUACACUGUUUGCUCUCGCUAGAGAGGCUCAGGUCGAAGAUUUCAGGGAUCAAAUGUUCUCAGGAAAGCACAUCAACACUUCCGAGGAUCGAGCUGUCCUCCAUAUCGCCCUUCGAAAUCCACCAGUCUCAAAGGGAGGAUGGAAGAUCGACGAGCCUGGUGCUGGGGACGAGGUUCACCAAGUGCUCGAACACAUGAAAGAGUUCUCUGAGCAAGUUCGAUCAGGUCAAUGGAAGGGUUACACUGGCAAGUCCAUCGACACAAUCGUAAACAUUGGUAUUGGUGGAUCGGAUCUCGGACCCGUCAUGGUGUGCGAGGCUCUCAAGCACUACUCUAAAAGAGACCUCAAGACUCAUUUUGUUAGUAACAUUGAUGGAACCGACAUGGCCGAGGUCUUGAAGGUCUGCGACAGGGAAACAACCUUGUUUAUCGUUGCAUCCAAGACAUUCACAACUCAGGAGACUAUCACCAACGCAGAGACAGCUAAGGAGUGGUUCCUGGACGCGGCGAAGGACAAAUCUCACAUUGCCAAGCACUUCGUCGCACUAUCUACGAACACCAAGGCCGUCACCGAAUUUGGAAUUGCCGAGUCUAGCAUGUUCCAAUUCUGGGACUGGGUCGGAGGAAGAUACUCCCUCUGGUCAGCUAUUGGCCUGUCCAUCGCCCUCUCUAUUGGUUUCGACAACUUCUCCGAGCUUCUUGCCGGUGCCCACGCUAUGGAUAAGCACUUCAAGGAGACCAAACUGGAGGAAAACUUGCCAGUCGUCCUUGCCCUGAUCGGAAUUUGGUACAACGAUUUCUGGAAUGCCCAAACCCAAGCUUUGCUUCCUUACGACCAAUACAUGAAGCGAUUCGCAGACUACUUCCAACAGGGAGAUAUGGAAUCUGACGGAAAGAGUGUCACCAAGGACGGCACAAGGGUUGACUACCAGACUGGACCCAUUAUCUGGGGACAAAGCGGUACCAACGGGCAACACGCGUUCUACCAGCUUAUCCACCAGGGAACCAAGCUGAUUCCUUGCGACUUCCUUGCUCCCGUAGAGACCCUCAAUCCCAUCUCGGGAGGCAAGCACCACGAGAUUCUUCUUUCCAACUUCUUCGCUCAACCCGAAGCCCUCGCAUUCGGCAAGACAGAGGACGAAGUCCGCAAAGAGCUCGGAACCGCUUCUUCUAACGCCGCAUUGGUGAAAUCCAAGAUCUUUGAAGGCAACAAGCCUACCAACUCGAUUAUGUUCCAAAAGCUUACGCCUGGAACCCUUGGAUCAUUGAUCGCCCUGUAUGAGCACAAAAUCCACGUCCAAGGUGCCAUUUGGGGAAUCAACUCGUAUGACCAGAUGGGAGUUGAACUUGGAAAGGUCCUCGCCAAGGCUAUCCUCAAACAACUCGGAAACGAGAAGGACGUCACCGGACAUGACAGCUCGACUACUGGAUUGAUCCACUACUACCAAAAGAACCGGAAAUAGACGAUAUUCAGGAGGAAACAGAAGGUCUGUCGAUGGCUAUAGAGAAGCUGCCCCUUGUCGUACUUGUGACCCCUGAUGCAAUUGUUCAAUCAAGCG